CUUUUUUUUUUCCUGCCUCGAUGACGCUCACCAUAUCGGGAGACAUUUGGGCAGCCAAGCAAUCCAUGGUGUCUCCUCCUCCUACUCCUCCUACUCCUCUCUGGCGGAGAUCCGACGCCGUAGUCGGCGGUGCGAAGAUGCUCCCAGGGACGGCGUGACGACGGAGCUCCACCGCGGGCCAACGCAGCGGGAGGAGAAACGGCGUCCUUACGUUGCAAUCUGUCUGCCGUGCGCAUUAUGACUUACAGGUGAAAUUUGAGGAAAUGAUUCCGAAGUCGGGAAAAUCUCCGGCAGACUCGCGGAAAAGUGUCGGCAUCCAUGAGUUUGCAGCGCUGGCCAGGUCGUCCCUGAACGGCAUCUCUCAGGCUGUCAGGGACCAUGUGACCAAACCCACCUCCCUGGCCCAGGGCCGCGUAGCCCACCUCAUCGAGUGGAAAGGAUGGCCCAAACCUGUGGAGCCUCCUCAGGCCGCACACUUUAACUCUUACUGCCAUCUGACUGAAGGGGAGAAGGAGGCGCGCUUCGCUGCAGGAGUGGCCGAGCAGUUUGCCAUCGCUGAGGCUAAGCUCCGAGCCUGGGCUUCCGUGGAUGACGACGAGGAGGACGACUCCAACGACGAAGACACCCACGCCAAACCGGGGACCAUCCCCAGUCAGAGCACGUCAGUCGCCGGCGCCACCCAGCCUACUUCCGGAGCGCCGUGCCGCGCUGACACCAGCGAGACUCCGCCCCCGGAGAACCCCGGCGCCGGGUCCAGAAGCGACGUCCCCUUUCCCCUGCAGAGCGAGGGCGCCGGUCCCGGGGGGGACGGUCCUGAGACCCCCGUGAAGGAGCACGGCGAGGUGUUUGUCCACCACAAGCCCGAGUGGAGGCCUCGGGGGCGGAGCAGCCGCUUCGACUCCUGCUACUCCACGUCCCACUCGGAGUCUCCGGGAGAAGAGGAGGAGGACGAGGACGAGGACGUGUUCCAGGAGGUGCGGGCGUGGCACUCCAGAGGCUUCUUGUCCGACCGGGCCUCGUCUGGGGUGGCGUCCUUUGACGAGGAGGACGAAGAUGAGGAGAAAAAGGAAGAUAAAGAAUAUUUGAUGUGAUGUGUUGUCCAUGUUCAUGUCUUUGAUUGUGGAUAUGACAUCAUCUGUUCUUUGUGCUCCCCGCCCCCCACGGGAGACUGUGUCCAGGCGGAUUGUAAAGCUGACCGAGUUUUGUACAUUUUCUUUUUGUCAAGUGUUGCUAUGGCGUAAUUUUUUUCUAUGGAUGUUUUGUAGUGUUGUUUCCUGGGGGGUCAUGCCCAUGUGUUGAUACUGAAGGUCUCGCGAGUCACCCCUCACGUUUUUUCCCCACAUUUUCUCAAGGGUCAACAGUCGACAAAUCCAACUUUAGAUUUACCGUCCAAUGAAAAUGACGCAUUCCGAGUGUGUAGCAAGGCAAUUGGGUCGCGCACGAGUGCUGCAUUUCAUGGUGCAAAGGAGCCCAAACACACAUCGACGUGAUGGGAUUCGUUCAAUGAACCGCGGCACUCGUGCUGCCCCACGUCAUGAUGCCACCACAAUUGUCUAGUUACUAGCUUGUGUUUCCAGCUAUUUAAACAACAAUAGUUGUGACGUGUCAUCGUCAACCUAAACCCCUUCACAAGCUGUACACUGACUACUCUAAAGUAUAACCACGUUCCAUAUUUCCAACAGUAUAACCACUGUUGGAAAUAUGGAAUACUUAGAAAUGUGAGGGGUGUACUUACUUGUGGGAAAUACUGUAAACAAUGAUUUUCUUCUUGGGACGAUUAGUAUCACAUAUUUGGAAGAAAAAAAAAGUUAUGAAUAUUUGGUUGUCACUCAAAAUAAAACACUGGUCAUUUGACAUGUCACUCA